GGCUUUUUGGGGCCUCGCUUUAUCCCAUCGUGCCUUGCGGCGGUUGUCCUCCCGCUCAGGCAGGGAGGGACGGAGGGAGGGGGCGCAAAAUGGCGGCGGCGAAGGGGAGAGGAGGCCUCGGCGCAGAGGCGGCCGGGCCUGGCGGAGGGGUGAACGUGUUCGCCAACGACGGUUCUUUCUUGGAGCUCUUCAAGCGGCGCAUGGAAGAGGCCUCCUCGACGGCGGAAGCGGGAGGGAAGAGCGGCCCGGGAGCAGGCGGGCGAGAGGACGCCGGGGCGCCCAAGGAGGCGGAGCCGCAGCCGCUCGGGGAGCAGGAGCCACCCGGGAAGAAGCGGACCGGGACCGCCCUCAGCUUCGUGGGCAAGCGGAGAGGGGGCAGCAAGCUAGCCCUGAAGACAGGAGUGGUAGCCAAGAAACAAAAGACAGAGGAUGAGGUUUUGACAAGUAAAGGAGAUGCAUGGGCCAAGUAUAUGGCUGAAGUGAAAAAAUACAAAGCCCACCAGUGCAGUGACGAUGAUAAAACACGCCCAUUGGUGAAAUAACUUUCCUCUCCAACCUGGACUUUCUCUGAUGUACAUAAUUAUUUAAAACGUCAAAGGAGAAUAGCUCUGUUCCACUGACUGAAUGCUGCAUGGCAGCAAGUGACUUGCCAUAUACUUUUAUAUUUGGGAAUUUAGAGCCUCCUUCACUGGUUCAUUUGUUGUUUUCCUCUUCUUUCUUCUGAGAACAAGAACUUUGACUUAAUUACAAGAUUUUUAAAAAUCUGUAACCCUCCCUCUCAAAAUAGUGGAAUUGGUCUGAUGUAUUUUUCCCUGAAUCACCAGACAACGUACCUUGUUGGCAUUUUUUUAGCAUUAAGCCUUUGCUUAUCACACUUGAAGUUUCCACUGUGGAUGAGCUAAGAAGCUCCAUUUUUGCAAGUGCAUUGUCAAUUGCUGUUCAAAGGUGAACUUAACAUGGUCACAACUAGCCAAUCUGCACUGCAGGCAGUAGUCAUCCCAGAGCAUUUUGUUACAGUCACCUGUCCAUGAUGAAUGAUUAGUGGUGCUGGUGCUUUCUGAUGUGCUUAAUAUCUUGCAGUUCUGUUACUGCGGUUUUUCCUAUGUUCUUUUAUCUUUGCCCUGUUUUACUAUAUAUUGCAGUUAUGUGGUUUUAUCCUCAGUUCCAGUUGCUGUUGCUUAAACCUAUUCCUGGCCUCCUGCUAUGCAUGUUCUAAUCUAAAAUGAGUUGAUUUUGCCAAUCUGCUAGCUAAGAAACUAGUAACUUGGUUGAUACCAAAACCAAGUGUUGGAGAAACUGCCUAAAAUUACUACAAUACAAACAUGCCCUGAAAUGAAUAGAACUCCAGGUGUCAUGAUACUAGUUCCUCUGUCCAAUUUCAAAAAAUUGUGGCUUUAUUUCUUGGGCUGUCAGACCCUAAACUGGAGUUCAUGGCCACUGGUUUGAAAGUAUGUUUGCUGCAUGCAUGGGAUCUAUCAGUCCCUUUCCCUUCCUUCUUUCUUGUCUUUCUCUUUUAUUUCUUUCAUUCAGUAUAUCCCAAUUUGAUUUCUCAGUUUCUACAAAACAGAGCUGAAAUUUAAACCCUUGUUGCAAGUUAUAUUAAUUCAGUCAUGGAGAGUAACAAAGUUUGACAACUUUGUAAAAGACUUCAGUACAUUCCUAGCAAUUGGACUGAAAUGAAGGAAUGAGACUACUAUUGAGAUAAUUAGCAUUUGGCCUCUGAUCUUUUUGCCGAAAAACAAUUACGGUUCAGAUCGAAAUCUUUUCCUAUUUGUGCAAUCUUCUUUUAAUGAGAGGAGCUGUUUGUGUCUGGAAGAAUGCAGAUAAACUACUGGUACCUGACUCUACAGCUAUACUAAAUAUGUGAUAGUCCUAGGGAAUAAUUGUACACCGAAGGAAGGCUUGCUGAGGUUUUAUAUUACCAUCUGAGGUGCCUAACUGAACAUUAAGUGUUUAUCCAUGCAAGCCAGAUCUUUAUGUAAUAAUUCCUUCUCUCUGAAAGUCACCACUUCUACAAAUCAGAACAGUUUUGGUACUUGUGUAGGAUAGCUAAAGACUCUUGAGGUAAAGACAACAGUACUCUUUCAUGUGAAUGCUGGGAUUUCUUCCAGUCUGAGCUCUCCUCAGAACCUUCCUUCCAAAUGUGUGGGAAGCAAUAUGCUGUGCCUGAAAUCACGUAUUCAGUAGAAAAUAAAGGAAAGGAUUUCUAUGUAUGCAAGUCUAAAGGCAUGUGGGCUUAUCAGCAAGUUUGGAAGCCUUGACCAUCUGGCACAGUCUUUUGCAUGUAUAACUGUGCAUGCAAGAGCCUAUUUCAGACAUUCUUACUAACUGCAUGUUGGGGCUUGAUUAAAUCAUCACAUUUUCUACCCCUGCAAUGUAUUUAUUCUGAGGUAAUGUCUGAAAGGCCCUCAGAGUUGUCAUAUGAGAGACUGCUUGCCACUGAAAGCCCGAAGCAACUCCAAAGAUUGAAACAGUUCACUGAUAUCUGGUUUCUAGCCAGCUAUAAAAGAUGGUGGUUUGAUUCCUUGAUCUAUAUUUGUUCAAGCUCCCUUCUUUAUUGCUAUUGGCCACCACAGUCCAGCUUAGAGUUCUGAUAAAUCAUUCUUAAUGCUAACUUUUUAAAAUAAAUUUUUGUUGUGGAUA